AGACAAGAAAUAGAACAUGGUAUGGACAUCCCUGUUAUAAACUGGUGAACCCGAACUUGGCUCGUUUUCAAACGGACUGUCAUUAUCAUAACCCCAAAUCACUCAGACCCGGUUAAAUUACAAAGCGAUUGUCAUCGAUGGAUCGUUAUGAUGGGGGAGAUAACAUUACCGUAGAUGCACCGACUUUUAGUUCGUUUCAAAACUUUCGACGAGUUCAUUUCUAAGGCUUCUCCAUUCGACAAGAUCCUGUCAGACUGGCCACUGAAAGAAGCAUGUUGUCUAUUAAGACUUUCCAAUAAGAUCCUCUACUUUAUUGGCUGCUCGUUUAAACAAUGGAUCUGGCGUGAGUGUUAUAUUGAGGUUAUGUGAUUGUUCAAUAUUAUAUCCAAGGAUUUGGGAGGCCUCGCAUCUGAGUCCGGCGUUUAGGGAAUCCAAACACAAUUUACAUGCGUCGUCUUUUUGGGAACAUAAUCGCAUGUGCUCAAUUGAUACAAUCAAUAGGAAAUUACUCACUCUCUGGCAAACUUCACCUCAGAAGAAUGACCUGAUUACGGAGAGCGGUUAAUUGUCAUUUUCCAUUUUGUUCUUUAACUAUUUUGAGGCGUUCGGGAAUUAAAAGCUAAUUUCUUAUCAUGCCAUCGCAACCUAUGGGAACACACAACGAUUUACGACUGUUUAGUGUUUACCCUAGUUUCUCAUUACGAUAAGCUCUUCAAUCUUCGUUCGACAAUAAUUCAACCUCGAGAUCAUGAAUGAAAAAUACACAGUUUCAAGUAAGAAUAAAUUCAUUUUUUCGGUCACUUGUUGGUGCUGGUGUAUGUAGAUAUAGGUCGGUAUCAUUGAUUACAUUCAAAGAAGGAUUUUGUCUGUGCAUUGAAUGAAAUUAAUCAAGGAGGCUUCUUUAUUUCCUGCUACUGUUUUUGGAUACGACCUUACAUUACCAGGUCAGAGCAAAUUGAAGCUGCCCACGCGUUAUACAUCAGAGCCAGAGAUGUAAGGAGAAUAGCAAAGCCCUACAUGUGCGCAUGUAUAUGUUUCUCAUGAAAUCGGUCAUCACAUUUCCGCAUCGCAUCAGCUAGCAUCCAGUUUGCUGCUGGAUACUUAUUAGAGGUGGACUGUCUCUUUAAAAUACGUUAUAAUGACGCGUCGUGGAGGACCGAUCUCUGAUUUAAUAUGGGAUUCGUACUCGAUGAGGGGACCCGAGGUUAAAACGAUCACCGGGGCAUUAACCAAACUCCAGUAUAACAGCGUGGUCGUCGUCCUCUUCACGGUCAUCGCUAUCCUGGGUUUGUUUCUUAUUCUUCUCAUGAUGUCGAAUUCGGGAUGGACAGCAGCAGACUUCCAGGUGCAGAGUUCAUAUGAGCAUCGCAUGUUGAAGAUCGAGAAUUUACGUCUUUCACUUGAAGCUAGUGAGAAAAAGGUAAAGAAGUUGGAAGAUGAAAAAAAGAGUCUCUUGAACAAGCUUGAGCUGGUCUCCAAGAAGUUCCUUGACACGAGGAUCGAGUUUGAUAAAGCCAACAAGAAUGCAAAACGUACCAAGACAGAGAUGGACGAUCGACUGCAUCACGCCCUGACAGAAGGAUCCAAAGCGCUCACAAGCUACCAAAACACCAGGGCGAGGGCAGAUGAAUUAGAAGAGAUUCUACGAGAGGUAAGAGCAGAGAGAAGACUCGUUCAAACGGAGAACGAAGCUCUGGCAGUUAAGCUUGGAAGAGCGAUUGAAAAGGGCGAGGCUGCUGAAGAUGAGAUUAAUAAGCUCAAGGCGUAUUAUGGCAUGAAGGCGGACACACCCAGAGCGAUCUUAGUACCUCAGAUCAACACUGAUCCAUUGCCUCAGACGGGUAUAAAAAAGACAAAGAUAGAUCCUAUACAAAUCAUUCCUGAAGAUGUAGCGAGGACAUUAGACGAAGAGAUACACCAGGGACAUAGUCAUCGGAGAUUGCCUUCGAUAGUAAUACCGAAGCCAAGGACCAAUGGUGUCUUUGUCGAAACUGUUCUCGACCUACCACCCACUCACAAGAAAAAUGCUCAAGCUACGAUGCGUGAUGAAGUCUGACAAAGCUUUGAUCAUGACUGCAGAUGCAGUUGGGGCAUUAUGAGCGUUUUCUUUGGCAAAGAACUUUCUUGUCUUUCAGGGUAGUAUCUACAUGUCAGCAUUGAAUUCCUAACGGUUUCAGUAUCAUUAUGUUGUCCUUGUUUUGAUAUUGCUACUUUCUCACGAGAAACGUGUAAAAGCUACGAAAUGUGGUGAAGUUCUUACAUUUCCUCACAAAAGAAAGUUUAACAUUGUGAGUGACAACCAAAGAACAAUGGUAAUCGAUAUCAUGAAUAAAAGACUGACGAAUUUGAAACUACACUUUUGUUACACGUGCCUUGUGGACUGAGGUCCGUUGUGGUGCCAGUAAAGACUGCGCGGAAAUGAUGAAAGUAACUCUCGAUAAUGUUACACUUCCAUUACAUCCAAGACGCUUCAUUAACUAUAUUUAUUCUAAAAUGACGGACUUGGUUAAGAAUUUCCAUCCUGUGCAUUUUAUCCCAAAAGUUUCCUGGCAAUAUACUAAGAAGAGCUGCUAAAGUCAUUUUCGAGAGAACAAAGAUGACGUUUUUUCAUGUUAGAAAUGUGGAAUGAAGCCAUAGUAAUUUAUCUAUCAAAUGACAAAUAUCUUUUAGAAAUUAUCCUUCUUAUUACUAUGAUCAUCGAUGUAUUAAAUACCACGGUCACAUUUGCUCUACGGCGGCCGUACGGCGAGUCGAAUACAGCCGUUUUAUUCAUUUUUACUCAAACCACCUAUAUGUAGCUGGUACAAACAAAUGUUAAAACGGCUGUUUUCAACACGCCGUACGGCCGCCGUAGAACAAAUGUGACCAAGGUAUAAAACACACAGUAUAGAGCUCGCUGUAUGCUGCCGCACAUACGACCUUGAAGCUACAUGAAAAGUACUCCAUGAUUCAAAUAACAGUUUUAUAUGAAGAAACAAAACGCUCAGUGUGGGACUUUUUGUGCGCGCUUGUCUUUCGGAGAACAUUUUAAGUCCACCGCGCACAUUACGACCACGAUCCGAUUUUGGAACAAAUCGCAUUUUGCUCAUUAAAAGUGUGAAUGAAAAGUAUAUUUUAUUUGAGGUUAGAAUUAACUAAAAGAAUACUGAUAUAACAAUUUUGGAUGAUUACCAGCCAUUAUUUUGGAGUAAAGGCUAAAUUGGUUUCAAAUCGUAGCCAGUCGUGCGAUUGCUAUGGCGUCAUUACGACUAGAUAUUACAUUCAAUUUUAUUGUAAUAAGGAUGAUAGCGUAGUCACAGAUUUGAACAUAAGUAUUCAUAUGAUGACUUUAGAACAUACAAUAUUAUCAUCAAAUUGUACAACAUUUUAUUCCAAAUCGGAUGGCAGAGCAAUUGUAAGGUGUGCGGUGCCCUUAACUGUUUCCAAUGGCCUCAGAAAUAGCGCGUUGUUAAUUAUUAUAUGGACAUGAUCGAUGACUAUGAUGAGCCUCUCAACUGCUGUUCCCCAAAACAAUAGACAGAUAGAUGGCGGUAUUUCUAUCGAAUGUCGGGAAAGGUUGAGAAUAGAAGCUGCAAUAAUUUGUGUUUUAAUUCUUUGCAUGUUUAUUUUGAAGUGAUGAAUUAUACAUCAUGCAUAUAAACGCUAAUCAAUGUUUUUUUUUCUUUCUAAUUGAUAAUUUAUCGUUAAUUUCCUUGAUUAAAGACGUUCCCAAGUUAUGUUUGUGCGCAGCGGCCAUGCGCGUUGACGCCACAAUAAUUUGGCAAGUGAGUAAUCAGCUACAUGUUUUAACUGAUUUUUUCCAGUCAUUGGCACUCAAACAGAAAAUUUCAAAGUGUUAUUUUACGAAGUUAUUAAUUAGCUGAAAAUAAUUUAUGGACCAAAUUUUGAAAAACCUCUACCUCUAAAAAAAAUUUACUCUGCAGAGCGCGAGGUAUGACGAAUAUGACCUUCAUUUGAUUAAGUGGUGUAGAAAUUCCCCUUAUAUAAAUACAAGCCUUGCACGUAUUUUGUGUUUUUAAAAGCACAUUUGCUCUUUAAAAAUGCUGAUAGUUUGGAAACAAACAUAUGAACCCCUAAUGUUUAGUGUUCAUACCUCUUUAGUAUACCUUUCUCUACAACCAUGCAAAUGUUGGUGAAAAUUACAUGGGUUUUGAAUAAAGUACAACAUUUAUUGUACUUCUUAGAUUUGUUAAAUAAAUUUCGAAUUUUUAGAUAUGUUUUUGUCCUUUUUCACACCGUAUUUUCAAAAUUGAAGGUGCUGCUACUCUUUAGAGAGCAUACAAAUAGCAAUAUGAGCGGAUAUCGUACAUUAAGUGUAUAAGUCUGAACUAUGAUGUAAAAUUUUGUGAAAUUUAGAUGGAUUUUGACGGGGUAAUAGUAAUAUUAACUCAUGAAUGUGAUCUCGAGGGGUCUAAAAACGCAAAAUCAUUUUUAUUGCGUAUUUCUUGAGACCUUUCGAAUGGAUGAAAUUCAAAGCUCGGUAGCAAAACAUUAAGCACAUGAACCUAUGUUAAUUUUUUGCAUAUUUGGAAUAUUUAGGUGCCAAAGUAAAAGUGUACAAUAUUUGGUGAAAAUGACAUGGACUUUAUUUUAACUGCGGAACAUUCUUAACAAUAUCAUCAAUUUUCAUGAGCAUACUAGUUGAGUAUUGCAUUGUUAAUUUUAAUUCCAUUAUUGAUUUACUUCAAUAUAUUUAAGAAAUUGUGAGAAAUUAAAUCGUCAUUCUAUG